AUGAAGCCAUCGCCGUUCACAUUCGACCCUCGCGCUGACACGCUGCUCAUUCUGCGAAACCCGAACGCAGAAGAAUGUGAAGCUCAUGUGGAUUCGGAACCGGAGUAUGAGCGCCUUGGGUCGGAUGAGGCGGGGUUGGCUGAGACAACAAAGACACGUCGCGACUCUCCUAUGACGCUGGAUAAUGACCAGACUUAUCCGAGGGGGUCUCUAGAUGACGGCAGCACAACACAGGUCGAGUUUCGAGUAUCGUCGCGACACUUGAGUCUGGCUUCUCCCGUUUUCCGGGCGAUGCUCGAGAGCAAAUUCAAGGAAUCUCAGCCAAACGAACAAGAUCUUUACGAAAUUCAAGCUACGGAGUGGGAUGCUGAAGCGCUUGUCAUACUUCUGGACAUCAUCCACGGGCAUCAUCGCGACGUGCCGAAACGGAUAUCUGUGGAGACUUUGUCGCAUAUUGCAAUAAUUGUCGACUACUAUGGCUGUCACGAGAUAAUGGAACUUGUUUUUACUGCAUGGAUGGCUUACCGAGGAGAUUUUGAGAGUUUUGUCAAGCAAGACCCGUCACGGUGGCUGUUCAUCUCCUGGGUCUUUCGUCAGGAGUUGUUGUUCACGGUUGCUACCAAAAUGCUUCUGUUAUAUGACAAUGGGAAAUAUGUGGUCGAUUUACCCAUACCACAGCCAAUACUAGACAAAAUUGAUGAUAAGCGCCAAUACGUCCUCAACACACUUUUCGGGCAUCUGUAUAAUUUCCAGCAGGAUCUUCUCGAGGGCAAAGCGGGAUGCUCAGAGACCUGCGCCAGCAUGCUGCUCGGCUCUUUGAUGAAACAAAUGCGAGCUAGAGGCCUUUCAGCCGCAAAGCCGGCUGUUCCGUUUGAAGGGUGGAAGGUAGAGGAUGCGAGAAGUACAAUACUAGGCUUGACAGCGCCGCCUUGGCGUGUUCCUGGAAGGUCUACGGAUCAUCCUUGCACUUUACACAAAUCAUUAGCCCCGCGGGUUAAUCGGGUGUUUGAAAAUGCUCGAGGGUUUGAUUUGAAAGAUUUCGAGGGUAGUUUUGUGGGAAUGUUUCAAUCUUUGAGCUCUUAA